UUAAAAAAAUGAAAGUUAUAUUAUUGAUUGGUUUAUUAUGUUGUCUAGCAUAUGGAUUGCCAACUGAUAGUAAUGUUGAACGACUACCCUAUGAAUGGAAUCCAUUCAUAUUGAAUGUUAAGAUAGUUAUCGCUGAGAUUCAAACAGUUAAGUCUAUUGUUGAAAAAGAUAUCGACGAACACCCGGAUGAUAGGUUAGACCAUCUAAAAUGGAUCGACAGUUUGCUGGUAUCAGUACAGGGGAUACAAACAUAUAUAGACGAUGAAUUUAAAUCUAAAGAUGAAUUGACCCAGUCACAAAUUGAGGAACUGGAUGGCUAUAAGAUAAAGGCGCUCAGAUAUCACCAGGAGCUGGAUGAUUUACGUAAAAAAAUAUAAUUAUAAUAAUUAUUUAAUUAUAAUAAUA